AUCAGUUACUAUUACUGUGCAGUACCCGUCUAGGGUUUUGUUGCUAGCAGCUGGCUGGUGGUCUCAAUGGCUGGAAGUAGACUAAGCAAAGUCAAUCUGAGAAGCAACUUCAGGGAACCUUCAACAGUUUUGUUACUAGCUAGUACCGGGGUAGCAAGUUGCUGCAAUUGUUCCCCGAUUGCCAUCAACACAACCUGGACGAACAGAUCCAUCUUUUGUGGGAUCUUAUUAGCUUUGAUCGCCUCUUCCAACUGCGUCAUCGAAUUUGGUGCGUCCUUCGUCCGUGCAAGAGAAGCCCACACCACAUCGGCACUUUUGAAGAGGCCACAAUGGCGGUCGGCAUCCGCUGUUGUGAUGAGAAUAGUAAGAGGCGAUCCUUGCAGUGCCUUGAGUUUUAUUUUUAGAGCGUGAGUCUCUUAUACCAUGACUUCUUCACUAUUGCUCCGACGAAGCUUGGCUGCUAGUAGUAGCAGUAGAGUAUUAAGAACAUCCGCAUACAGAAGAUUGGUGGGCCAUGAGGAACGGUUGGUGGUCCGCUUCUCUGCUUCAUCCACUACUACAACAAGUACCACAAGCACAGAUGUUGCAGUGGAAAAAUCCGAGACCACAAAAUCCACCUCCAAAUCGAAAGCGUACGCCGACUUGGCCAAAGCCCGGUUAUCCGCCUUGGUCGUGGCUACUACGGGGUGUGGAUUUUUGGCAGCCGGUGGUCCCUUUUCCGCGGGUGUCUUGUCGAGUUGUGUGGUGGGCACAGCACUCUGUUCGUCGUCGGCAGCGGCAUGGAAUCAAAUAUUGGAAGUGGAUCGCGACAAGCGCAUGAAACGCACACAACAACGACCACUCGUCCAAGACACGCUGACUAUGGGACAAGCCCAAACGGCCGCCACGCUGUGGGGUGUCGGAGGCGUCAGUCUGCUCUAUGUGGGGACCGAUCCCACCACGGCACUCUUGGGUGCUUCCAAUAUUCUCCUCUACUCGGGAUUGUACACGUGGAUGAAGCCUCGCACCAUUUACAAUACAUGGGUCGGGGCUGUUGUGGGAGCCAUUCCACCCGUCAUGGGAUGGACUGCCGCGACGGGAGGAUCCUUGUUGGAUAUUGAGGCCAUGUUGUUGGGAUCCACGUUAUUUCUUUGGCAAAUGCCACAUUUUUUUGCCCUCAGUUUCAUGCAUCGACAAGAUUAUGCACGAGGUGGAUUUGCCAUGGUUCCCGUGGUGGAAGAACAACGAGAAGCCAAUGGCAAUACCGAUUACUCCCACACGGCCAGUCUCAUUACACGAUAUGCCGCCUAUCUCAGUGCCAUUCCAUUUGUCUCUACACUGACGGGUGUCACGAGCAGUAUGUUUGCUUUGGAAGGAUUGGCACUCAAUGCCUAUGCACUCCAUGUCGCGCACAAAUUCUCACGCGAUCGAACCAAUGCCAAUGCCCGCAAAGUAUUCUUGACAUCCCUGUGGUAUUUGCCCAGUUUCAUGAUGCUAUUUCUACUCCACAAUCGAGUCUGGGACGAGGAAGAAAACACGCAAAAAGAUGCCGUACGAGAAUGGAUAUCGGCGCAGGUGCAUGUCGUGCGUGAAAUGGGGCGACAAGUGUGUAUUCACGAAAAGGCCAUUAUGAAGCAGGAAGAUGCCCAUGUACCGGCAGAAGUGACCAAACUGGCCUGUCCUGUCGCCCUCGGGCAACAAAAGAGUCGCGAAGGAGUGCAAGUGCUCCAGAGACGAGCCUCGCAAGUCGCAGCGGUGGCAACUGCGUCAUCUACAUCGUCGGAAACAUAGAAGAUAAACUAGUCUAGGCAGAGAUUGUAUUUU